CAUUCCGCCACCAUCUGCCAAUCCAUGUCGAACAAUCUUCGCUGGCUUAAUUCCGAGGCGUAUUCCUACGUCGCAAUUGCGAUCGCGCAUCUACUCGUAUCAACCCUGAGAUUCGGCCGACCAUCCAGCCAUCUCCAAACCAAGUCAUUACUCCGGAUCUGCGUUCUAUCCUACCUAUUUCAUCAAAGCCCUUGCUUUCCCCGCCAGCGGCUAAUAUGGCAUGAUCGCCUGGCUAUUCCCUGAUUCUCGACACAAACCCCACGCGCAAAGAGGAGCAAAAGUCCCAAUGUCAUGGAAUUGCGGCUGACAGGGUAGCAUUGGUACCUUGGGGCUCAAAUAAGAACCCAGCAAUGUCCUCUCUGGCUACUUACCACCUUCUGGAUCAAGCAGAGUCCUCAGAAUCGUCAGACUCACCUACCCAACAGACGAACCUCGCGAUGGGAAAGAGACUCGGGCUCUUCAGAGCUUGCUACGUCGUCGGUCUUUGCUGCAUAGGCUCAUUCCUGUUUGCCUACGACACUGGAAUUGUAGGUGGCGUCUUGACGCUGCCUUCUUUCCAGAAUGAUUUUCGCUACUCAAAGAAGGAACAGACACAGGUCAACUCAAACUGUGUCUCGAUUCUGCAAGCUGGAGCGUUCUUCGGCUGUUUUGGUAUCUGGCCUCUGACUUCACGGCUGGGUAGAAGGAUGGGCUUCAUUAUUGCUUCGAUCGUGUUUUGUAUUGGUACAAUCAUGCAGGUCGUCAACAGCCAUUCGAUUGGACUUUUCUAUGCCGGCCGAGUGAUCGCGGGUCUGGGCACCGGAGCCGCAACCGUGCUCGUUCCCAUGUUCUCUGCAGAGAUGGCACCCAAAGAAAUCCGAGGCAAACUGGGUUCUUGCUUCCAGUUGUUCUUCGCCACUGGCGUCUGCAUUAGCUACUGGGUAGACUACGCUGCCAGUUCCGGCUUGCCCAAGGAUUCGGCCACGCAAUGGCAGGUUCCUGUUGGUCUACAGCUUGUCCCGGGAGCUCUUCUUGGUAUGGGCAUGCUGCUCGUCAAGGAGUCCACUCGAUGGUUGGCUAAAAAAGGUCGCAACGAAGAAGCAUACGCUUCACUCCUGUGGGUUCGAGGAGGUGUCGAUAGCCCUGAGAUCAGGGCCGAGUUCUCCGAAAUCCUCGCCGGUGUCGAGCUCGAAAUUCGUCAAUCCGAAGGUCUUACCUGGAAAGAACUUCUUCUGCCCUCAAACCGGUAUAGGAUGGCCAUCGCUAUCACGAUUCAACUGGCCGCACAACUUACCGGCAACACCUCUCUGGCAUAUUAUGCGCCGCAAAUUUUCGGCACCAUCGGUGCUGGAAACAAGACACUCUUCAUCACCGGUUUCUUUGGGCUUGUCAAGAUGGCGGGUGUCGCGGUUUUCAUCAUUUUCUUUGUCGAGACGAUUGGUCGCCGUAUACCAUUUAUGGCUGGAGCAUUCGCGAUGGGCAGUUUCAUGCUCAUCAUUGCUCUUAUAGUCGACACACAUCCACCCAAGGCUUCUGCCAGUGGAAUUACUUCUGCUGGAGCGGCGGGAAUUGCCAUGGUCUAUCUCGAGGCGUUCUCUUUCAAUAUGUCAUGGGGCCCACUCCCCUGGCUAUACAUUGGCGAAAUCUUCCCGAACCGUAUCCGAGAGAUUGGCAUAGCGACCGGAGCAGCAAGUCAAUGGUUGUUCAACUUCGUCAUGAGUCAAAUCACCCCACAUGCUAUUGACAACAUCGGUUGGAGAACAUUCCUCAUGUUUGCCAUUUUCAACUACGCCAUCAUCGUCUACAGUUGGUUCUUCUUGAAGGAGACCACUGGCAAAAGUUUGGAAGAGAUGGAGAUUGUUUUCGGUAAUGUCGAUACGCUGCCCGGCAAAGACGAUGAGGAGGUCGAGUCACAGGCUGGCCAAGAACAAUAUGACUCGAGGGAAGUACAGGAAACUGCAAAAUGAAUAAAUAUAGGAUGGCUAGAGUCAAUAUUUGACUCCUUGACACUACGGACACGGAGUAUGGAAAGCCAAUGUCUUGAUAGCAUUGAAACCAUUGAUGAUCGUGAUAGGGCGUGGGUAACAGAACAUUGGUGUUAGAGGCCUACUUUGCGAACGAGAGAUUGUGGUAUGAUAGGCCGGUGUUGUAUUCUCUCUCCCUUCUGAAUGUCCAAAGUAGACGAGGCACGCAAUCAGCCUGAC